AAAAGAAAGCAAAAAAGCGAAAAACAAAAGAAUGCAGCGCACCUUUUUUGACAAAACGAUUUUUUUCCCCUUUCGUUUCCCCAGCUCGACAUCCUUCCCCUCUCCUCUGCGAUUUUCUUUUUCCCGUCGGACGCCUCACUCCGCUGUUGUCGAAGUCGAGCUUCUCGAACAUCUCUAGGCAGCGCCGCCUCGAUCUCGAAUCCGACCGACCACCGCUCCAAGAUUGGGUCUAUCUGCAGUUUCUUGGGUUUAAAGCUCUAUUAGGUUUUGGGUAGCAGAUUAUCAUGGCGGCUUUGAAGGAGCUUCUUCCGCCUGUGAAAUCAACCACAGCUUCAUAUUAUGAUCACUCAAAUGAUCCAUGGUUCAAGCAGAGAUUCACUUCCUCGGAGGCUGAAAAGUCCUCUCUUAUCAAGCAAAAUCCCGUGCCUCCUUACUUGAAGCGUGCGGGUUUUGUUCCUCGAAGAGUCGAGGAUUUUGGGGAUGGGGGUGCAUUUCCGGAGAUUCACUUAGCUCAGUACCCUCUCGACAUGGGUAGGAACAGAUCAUCAAAGCCUGGAUCAAAGAUUCUUCCUGUUACUGUUGAUGCCCAUGGCAAUGUUGCUUAUGAUGCAAUUGUCAGGCAGAAUGAGAAUGCAAAGAAGAUUGUUUACUCCCAGCAUAAAGAUCUUAUCCCUAAGGUUCUGAAAAACGACAGUGAAGAGCAAGAAGUUGAUGAGGAGAUUGAGAAAGAAAUUGAGGAGACAACACAAGAGACAAAAGCUGCGCUUGAAAAGAUUGUGAAUGUGAGAUUGAGUGCGGCCCAGCCAAAAAAUGUACCAAAACAGUCUUCUGAAACGAAGUUUAUCAAGUAUAAGCCAUCACAGCAAUCUGCAGCCUUCAACUCUGGGGCUAAGGAGAGGAUAAUCAGUAUGAUGUCAAUGCCUGUGGAUCCGCUUGAGCCUCCUAAGUUCAAGCAUAAGCGUGUCCCAAAGGCUUCGGGGUCACCACCUGUGCCAGUGAUGCAUUCUCCUCCUCGCCCCGUGACUGUGAAGGAUCAACAAGAUUGGAAGAUCCCACCUUGUAUUUCAAAUUGGAAGAACCCGAAAGGUUAUACAAUUCCUCUUGAUAAGCGUCUUGCAGCUGAUGGUAGAGGUCUUCAAGAUGUUCAGAUCAAUGAUAAUUUUGCAAAGCUUUCAGAGGCGCUUUAUGUUGCAGAGCAGAAGGCUCGUGAAGCUGUAGCCAUGAGAUCAAAGGUUCAGAAGGAGAUGAUGAUGAAGGAGAAGGAAAGAAAAGAACAGGAACUGAGAGCACUGGCUCAAAAAGCACGUUCUGAGAGAACCGGUGUGGCACCCCCAGCAGCCAUUCCAAUCCCUUCUGAGAAGAGUGCCAUGGAUGGUUCUGAUUCGAGAAUUGAUUAUGAGCACACAAGGGACAAAGAGAGGGAUUUCCCAAAGGAGACUAAGGAUGAAAGGGAAGAACGGCUGCGUCGUGAGAAAAUUCGUGAGGAGCGACGCCGAGAGAGGGAGAGGGAAAGAAGGUUGGAAGCCAAGGAUGCUGCAAUGGGAAAGAAGAGCAAGAUUACCAGAGAUAGAGACCGUGAUAUCAGUGAGAAGGUUGCUCUUGGUAUGGCUUCUACUGGAGCAGGAAGAGGAGGGGAAGUUAUGUAUGACCAGAGGCUGUUCAACCAGGAAAAAGGAAUGGACUCUGGAUUUGCCACUGAUGAUCAAUACAAUGUGUAUGAUAAGGGUUUGUUUACUGCUCAACCAACACUGUCAACCCUAUACAGGCCAAAGAAAGAUGCUGAUGCUGAGAUGUAUGGAGGUGCAGAUGAGCAGUUGGAGAAUAUCAUGAAGACUGAUCGCUUCAAACCUGACAAGGGCUUUACAGGAGCAGCUGAAAAGGCCGGUACAAGAGACGGGCCACUUGAGUUUGAGAAGGUGGCUGAAGAGGCUGAUCCGUUUGGACUGGAUCAGUUCUUGACAGAGGUGAAGAAGGGUAAGAAAGCUCUCGACAAAGUUGGCACUGCAGGAACAAUGAAAGCAAGCGCUGGUUCCUCAAUGCGAGAUGGGUAUGAAGGAGGUUCCAGUAGAACUCGAAUCGGGUUUGAAAGAGGGCGUUAAUGAGCUCUUAUUGCCUCUCUUUGUUGUCUCUUUUUCUUGGUUGGACUCCUAUGAGUCCUUGAUGUUACCCUUGCUUCCCAAUCACCUUAUAGUUGCCAAAACAAAUCCUAGAGGUUUGAAGUGGUUUAUGUUAAGAACAUGUAUUUCUGCUUGCUAAAUGGGCUGUACCAAUUUCCUUUCUUAA